GUAUACCUGUCCGCGCAGGUUUGGGUGUGGUCUGCCCUAGGUUCUACUUAGCCAGGCCGACAGGAGGGGCUGCCCCCGUCCUCCGCUGGCUUUCCGGGUCGUUUUUUUUGGGGCUGCCAAGUUGCUUAUCCCGAGUUCUCCCGGCUGGGAUCUCAUUCUAUACCAAGAUGAAAUCCAUCACCAUGAAUAUCCUCCUUUGUCUGUUGAUUGGGUUCCCUGUUCUGAAGGCAAAUGACCCUGAAGAUAAAAACAGCCCCUUUUAUUAUGAUUGGAAGUCGCUCCGUGUGAGUGGUUUGGUUUUUGCAGGCAUUCUGUGUUUCCUGGGAAUUGUUAUCCUCCUGAGUGGAAAGUGCAAAUGCAAGCCCAAAAAGAAAAGCAGCACGCACCUCAACGUUGGUGGGGCACCAAAACAACCCCUUGCAGGAGCCAGUGAGUGCUGAACAGAGCCCCUCCUCAUGAUACCACCAGCCCUGACCAUUCUCCGUGAAACGGCUCUCCGCCUGACCGAUAAGCCACCGACUUGUUUUGUUGCCUUUUCUUCUUGCAUUUUUGUUUUGUGAAAUAAAAUCUCACCGCCGGGUAAAAAAAACAAAUAAAAAAAACAAUGCCCCCAAUGUAUGAACAACUUUACACUGCAAUAGAAUUGCUUGGCCACCAGAACGAGUAGAGAUCAAAUUUGUGCGAAGUGGUUGGCUUAACUCGGAUUUAUUAACUAAGCAAGACCUGGGUGGUACUAUGCAGAAAAUCAGAAUCAAAAUCUACCUAUGCUGACUUGUUCUGUUAGUCCUCAACUUAUGGCCACAACUGAGACCGUAGUUAAGCACGACAGUUGUUAAGUGAGAUUCGUCCCAUUUUAUGACAUUUUUUUGCCGCAGCUUUUAAGCAGAUUACUGCAGUUGUUACGUGAAUGAUAUAGUCACUAAGUGACUUUGGCUCCUCCCCUCCCUCCAUUGAUUUUGCUUGUUGGAACCCAGCUGGGAAGGUUACAAAGGGUGGAUCACGUGAUCCCAGGACAUUGCAUUCAUCAUAAAUACAUUCCAGUUGCCAAAUGCCCAAAUGUAGAUCAUACGACCAUGGGGAUGCUGCAACAGUCUUGUAACUUUCAAAAGGUCACUAAACGAAUGGUUAUAAGUCAA